AUGGCUUCGUUAAUAUCAGGCGCCACCUUCGGCGCCGCCCUGACGGCCUCGGGCGUCUACCGGCCGUCAGUCAUCAUCGGUCAAUUCAGGCUGGAUAACUGGCAUAUGAUCCAAGCCUUCCUCACGGCGACAGCAAGCAGCGCAGUGAUCAUCAGGGUGCUUGAGAGACUGGGCUACGUCAGCAUCAAGCCCAGGGGCUGGAACACGAUGGGCUGGUUCGCCCGGUACGACGGCAACAUCAUCGGAGGCUUCCUCCUCGGCACAGGCAUGGCUUUGUCCGGUGCCUGCCCGGGAACCGUCUUCGUCCAGAGCGCGCUCGGUAUCAAGUCCGGCCUGUAUACCCUCGCGGGUGCCAUGCUGGCCGGCAUCUCGUGGAGCGCGUUCCUGCGCCACUACCUGUCGAAGCCGCUGCCCAAGGACUCGAAACAUUCUCCCAACCCGAGCAUCGCAGAGAGCGUCGGCAUCCCCCGGUCCGUGGCCCUCGUAGCAUUCGAGGCGGUAUGCGCGGCAGUCAUCGCCAGUGCCGCGGUCUAUGGCGGCGCAACCCCGGAUGCCAAGAUCGCACCGGUCAUUGGUGGCCUGUCGAUCGGCGCCGCGCAACUGGUCUCGCUGUUGCUGAGGAAGUGUCUCGUUGGUGUGUCCACGACCUUUGUCGAGACCGGGGACUGGCUCCGUUACAUCCUUGGCGGCGGCGACCAGCCGGGAUGCAACAACAUCAUGUUCUCUGCGGGGAUGGUUGGUGGAGCCCGACUUCUCUCGACACUGUAUCCAUUCCUCACGCAGGGGGCUACCGAGGAGGUCGCGCCGGCCGUGGCGGUUCUCGGUGGAUUCAUUGCGGUUCUGGGAGCCAGGAUCGCCGGAGGGUGCACAUCAGGGCACGGCAUCAGCGGUACUGCUUCUUUGUCGACGUCCAGCAUGGUGACGAUUGGCACAGCUAUGGCCGCAGGGGCAGCUGUGACUCAUUUCUUGUCUCUAUAA